UCCAAAAUUUCUAGAUUUGAUUCUCUGCAGUUGAAUACCGGCUCCCCUUGAAAGAGUUAUGCGUCAAAAUGGUUUUGGUUCAGGCUACGCCUAUGAUUUUGAUUUUAAGAUAUGCUUAACACGACAAGAAAGCAAUGCAAACUUAUCAUAAUGAACCAAAUUUAUGUCUAGAUAAGCCUUGCUAUAUAAAUCAACCGGUGCUUUGUUUGUUCCAUUUGUGCGACACAUAUUGUGAAAUGGUGUUCCUUAAGCUCAUUGCCUUUAUUUUGGCAUGUAUGACAAUUGGAAAUGCGCAGGACUUAAACCUCAAUGAUAUAGAUAUGCGUAAGAUGGUGUUUGACAUGAACAGAAAAAUUGAUUCCUUGGAUAAAAGAGUGGAAUUUCUAGAGGAAAGACAUAAACUGCUAGAAACAAUUGAAAAAAUGGUGCAAGGUGAUUCUGAUGAUAACAAUGACAUAUUGAGUAAAAUAAAACACUUUCAGAGGAACGUUAAUGAGAUGGAAAUUAAAAUACAAAAUAUGGAACAGUUUAUUCAAGUUCUUCUCAAGAAGGAACGAUACAGUGGAGAGUUUAAGAAGACAUCAAUAGAAAACCAUGACGUCAAUGUUGCACUCAUGAAAGAAUCCUCGGCUGGUGUUGAAGAUGAACUAGUGAAAAACCCAUCCUUUGAUGUUAACGACAGUGGCGAAAACACACAAUCACAAAAGAGCAACGUUUCUAGUGGGUCAAUGACUGAACAGGAAGUUGGAGAACAACACCGUCGAUCGGGCGAGACCCCCCAAAUUGCCUUUACCGUUUCCGUCUCAACCAAACAAAUCGAGAACCUUGGCAAACAUCAGACUAUCGUAUUUGACCAUGUGAUCACCAAUGUAGGGGGAAUGUACAAUCCCUUGACUGGUAUAUUCCAUGUUCCGUACUCGGGAACGUAUGUCUUUAGCUUGACAUUCAACCCCGGGAAGUUGAUGGUAUCAGAGACGUACCUAGAAAUUGUUCAAGACGGUGCACAAUUGGCAGAUGUCCUUGUUGAGAACAGUGCUCGAGAUUCUGCUGGCAACUAUAUAGGAUAA